AUGGGGGGCGGCAGGGCGGGCCGCGGGCCGCGGCGGGGGCCCGCUUCCCUCUGGGUGACGCUGGCGCUGGCCUGGGGCGCGGGGGCCGCGCUGGCCGCGGAGGGACCGGUGGCGGCGCCGGGCGGGCCGCCGGCGGAGGGGGAGGCCGGGCCGGUGGGCGCCGAGGAGCCGUGCGGGGCGGAGGGGUGGGCGCAGGAUGCCGUCCCGCCGGGCGCGGCCUUCAUCGCCGCCGCGUCGUACCGCGGCCCCGGCAACAACGACACGCGGAGCAACAAGGCGCUGCCCAUCCUGUUGUGGUGGAGCGGGAGCCUCUUCCCCCACUUCCCCGGCGACACGGAGCGGAUCGACUGCCCGCGCGGCUCCUGCCUCGUCACCCGGAGCCGGCGGGUGGCCCGGCACCGCCGCACCAAGGCCCUCAUCUUCUACGGCACCGACUUCAGGGCCUACGAGGCGCCGCUACCCCGCCUGUCCCACCAGACCUGGGCGCUCUUCCACGAGGAGUCCCCCAUGAACAACUACGUCCUCUCCCACCCGCCCGGCAUCCAGCUCUUCAACUACACGGCCACCUUCCGCCGGGAGUCCGACUACCCCCUCACGCUGCAGUGGCUGCCCGGCGUGGGGUACCUGCGGGGCCCGGCGGUGCCCCUGGCCGAGAAGGACGCGUGGCGGCGGAAGGGCUAUGCCCCGGUGCUGUACAUGCAGUCCCACUGCGAUGUCCCCUCAGACAGGGACCGCUACGUGCGGGAGCUCAUGAAAUACAUCCAGGUUGACUCCUAUGGGAAAUGCCUGCGUAACCGUGAGCUUCCCAGUGAGCGACUGAGAGACACUUCUACAGCCACUACAGAAGAUUCUGAAUUUAUGACUUUUAUCGCCAGGUACAAGUUUCAUCUGGCCUUGGAGAAUGCCAUAUGUGAUGACUACAUGACAGAGAAGCUAUGGCGUCCAAUGCACUUGGGUGCUGUCCCAGUGUACCGAGGCUCCCCAGCUGUGCGGGACUGGAUGCCAAACAACCUCUCCAUCAUUCUUAUAGAUGACUUUGACAGCCCCCAAGAGCUGGCAAAGUAUCUUGAUUUCCUGGACAAGAAUGGAGAGGAAUAUAUGAAGUAUCUAGAAUAUAAAAACCUUGGUGGAAUCAAAAACCAGUUCCUGAUAGAGACCUUGGAGAGGCGGGAGUGGGGUGUGAAUGACAUGACUCUGCCCAAUUAUUUGAAUGGCUUCGAGUGUUUCAUCUGUGACAGGGAGAAUACCCGGGUCAAAGAGGAGCAGAAACACAAAAAGUCUCAUGGGAAAAUUCCAGCUCCCAGACCUCGCAUAGCUCAGUUCAAGCACAUGGGAUGUCCUAUGCCAACGCCUGGGUUUGGAAGUGUUGAAGACCUCUCUGGAGGAGACAGUUGGAAAGAGAUGUGGCUGCAGGAUUAUUGGCAAAGCCUUGAUCAGGGUGAGGCCCUCACUGCUAUGAUUCACCGCAAUGAGUCGCAUCAGGGAAGAUUUUGGGACUAUAUGCAUGAGAUUUUUCUCAAGAGGACAAGGCAACACUGACCCAUCUUUGUAAGAGCUUGAUUUGAAAAUUGCAUUGAAAGUUGAGACUGUGAAUUCUUACUUCGCUCCAAAAAUGCCUUGAAAUAGAAGAAAAACUCUCACAGAGACUAUUUUUUCUGGUGCAUGAAGUGAGUAAGUUUCUGCUAUGAUUGGAUUUCAGCAGUGGAGAUCCUAGCAACUGCUUUGAUUUGAAUUUCAGCUCUGUGGUGUGCCGCCGCCCCUGACUUGCAGGUGUCAACAUGUGGGGCAAAAGAGGAAUUUACUCUUCUUUUGCAUUUGGUAUAGUUUCUUUGUGGCUUACAUGACUUUAGAGGAACAUCUCUUCAGAUUCUUGCUCAAAUGCCCUAAGUUAUUUCAGGGAUUUUUUAAUCUCCAAAAUAUUAAUAAUUUUUAUAAGUAUUUUAUCAGUCAUUUAUUCUCCUCAUAGUAGUUUUAGCUGCUAUUAACAAAUAGCUUCUCCUGUGAAGGAAUCACAAAAGACAAAUGUCUGUGGAGAGCAAUUGUGCCUUAUGAAAUUGUGGCA